UGUGUCGAUUCAGGCUGAGCUGCUGUAACCCAGCUCCAGCUUGCCUUUCCUUCGAUGGCUACACCCCGAGAGGAGGAGCGAGAGGCUCACAUUAGGCGUCAGAAUCCUCAAUUUCCAACUUAGCAUCCUGGCAAGACACUCUCUAAAGCAAAGCCCCAUUCGAGAGCAAAAAAACCUGUCCCGCGCGCUCGGCAUGAGAGUCACAGCGCGCGCAGAGGGUGAGAGAGCAGUCGAAAAUCCGCGUGUGAGUCGGACAACGACUGAUUAACGAGUGUGAAGUCUAUGCAUUCGUCAUUUUAUUUAAUUUCAAUCUCUGAUUUCAACGUGUGGAGGACGGGACGGAGGUCUGUUUACUCGGAACUCUAUGAGCGAGCGCAAAGAGCGCGUGAGAGUUUGAGGGAGAACAACUCAAGCGAGAAGCUUAUAUUUGGUUCUUCACCAUGGCGUACCCUCAGGGCUACUUGUAUCAGCCUUCCGCCUCUUUGGCACUCUAUUCGUGUCCUGCCUACAGUACAAGCGUGAUAUCGGGACCCCGGACAGAGGAGCUAGGGAGAUCUUCCUCUGGCUCUGCUUUCGCUCCCUAUGCCGGAUCUACAGCGUUCACCAGCGCCUCGCCAGGCUAUAAUUCCCAUCUCCCGUACAAUGCUGAUGCGGCCGCCGCUACUUUCACUUCUUAUGUGAGCUCCCCGUAUGACCACACGACAGGCAUUGCCGGAUCUAUAGGGUAUCAUCCUUACGCUGCUCCCUUGGGCUCGUACCCGUAUGGAGACCCAGCUUACCGCAAGAAUGCUACCCGGGACGCAACAGCCACUUUGAAAGCUUGGCUUAAUGAGCACCGGAAAAACCCGUACCCCACCAAAGGCGAGAAGAUCAUGCUGGCUAUCAUCACGAAAAUGACCCUCACUCAAGUGUCCACCUGGUUCGCUAACGCCAGGAGGAGGCUAAAGAAGGAGAACAAGAUGACCUGGACCCCACGGAACCGGAGCGAGGACGAGGAGGAGGACGAAAACAUUGAUCUCGAGAAAAACGACGACGACGAGCCAAACAAGCCCACGGACAAGGGAGACUCCACAGACACAGAGGCAGAUCAUAAACUCAUUAACCCAGGGGAAAUACCAUGCGACAGGUUUAAAGACGAUUCACAUGCUAAAGAGCUUGAUCCAGUUUUGACAGACUCGGAAUUAAAAGACACAGAGGAACGGACGUAUUUGCUCGUCGAACAAGCAAAACCCACUACCUCUUCCCCCUCCGUCAUACACAGAGGAAAUGAUCUCAUUACGCAAGAAAAGUCCUCAGAACCGGACCAGGCCGCGAGCACGGGGAACAGCAACGUAACGUCUGUUAUUCAUUCUCCCCCUUCGGCGCCCAAACCCAAACUCUGGUCUCUAGCCGAGAUCGCCACGUCUUCGGACAGGUGCAAAGGGAGCAGUGAGGCUCCACAGGCCGUGGGGCUGGGUCAAAGCACAGUCAUAGCCAGCGCUGCCUCGCCGACCCGGUCCUCCCCUCAGUGCCCUCUCCCUAAUAACACUGUCCUUUCUCGGCCUAUUUACUACACGUCCCCUUUUUACCCAGGCUACACGAACUAUAGCACUUUCGGACACCUCCACAGCAGCCACGGCACCAACACCAGUUCUACUGCACAUUUCAAUGGAUUAAACCAGACUAUUUUAAGCAGAGCCGAGGCUCUGGUAAGAGAAAGCAAAGUAAGAAGCCAAACACAGGUAGAUAAUUGUAAAGACUCACCUUAUGAGCUAAAGAAAGGUAUGUCAAACAUUUAAUACUGGAUUCAUCGCCAAUCACACGGACAUUUAUUUAUUAUUUGUGGUUGCUUAAAGAAGAAGCAAAAGAAGACGCAUUCUGAUUAAAAAUAAUAAUAAAAAAAAAUCCGAGGACAAUUAUUUUCUGAGUAAAUGCUUAUCCUCAAAAUCUUAGUUUCUGAAUGGUUAAUCAAGAGGAUGUAACCUCUAAGAACUGUCUUAAACGCUGCAGCCGCCUGAGUCUAUUUGUAUUAAAGACUAAUAUGUAUAUUUAAUAUAGCAUUUUGUAUUUAAAAUGGACAGUACACUAUCUUUGAAGUAAAUUAUGAAAAGGAAAUGUAUGCAGCGACUGAUUUUGGAGUUUGCGUUCAUGUUGUGAAUUUGAUAGCUGCACAAUUUAAAGCGAUAUUAUUUGUUUGCGGAAAAAAUUACAUCAUGACCGGUCAAACAGGCUGUUAUUGCUAAACGCUUAAAUGUCUCCAAGUAAAGCAGUGUGAUAAUACUUGGAAUUAGCAGGAACAUACUGUUUCAGGAUUUACCUCUUAAAAAAAGCAAGCAAGUGUGGCACAUUUUGAAAUGCUAUUUCUCGAUAUCAUUCGGCAAACUGAGAGAUGCCCCGACGGAUGCAUAUUGAUAUGACAACACCGGCAAAAGUGUCGAGCAGUCAUUUAACCCAAUUACAUUCCAACCGCGUCGUGUUAUAUGCAAAGCAAUCAGGUGGCGAACUCCAGUAAUGAGUUCGAUUUUAUGCCAAAUUUAGACCUCAUUACUAUUUCCUAGGCGUGGCAAAGUGGUUAGAGGCGCGCGGCGGUGCGGAGUGGGUCUGGGAGCAUACAGCUCAGUUAUAUCAUUAAAUGGUAGGGUAGGCUUAAUAGUUCUUUGGAUUAUAGACGCUGAUGGCUUUCAAGAGUGUAGCCAAGGUGCCGUGAAAAGCAAAUGUCCCCCUGGCAUGUCCUGCUACUUAAUACUGUCCUGCACUUCUACCCUCGCCCGCAGGUAGGUGUCACACUUGCUCUUAAUUUCGAGGCCUAACUCUUUAAGAGUCUGUGAGUGAACCUUUUUCGAGAGGCGCAGAUAACCUGGUGGAGCAGACCAUAAAAGCUUUAAAAAAAAUGUGUGCGCUUUAGCAAAUACAGAAAGAGUUGUCGAAAUACAAAAUCCCACACAGAGAUUGCAGUAAAGAUAAAUAAAGAUGUCAGUUGUUUUAGUAAUACAUUUUAUGCUAUUAUUAUUAUUAUUAUUAAUAUUAUUAUUAUUAUUUACAACUCAAAUCUAUAACCGGUUUCAGUGAACAUUUAGCUAAUUAUAAACUCUUUGGAACAUAAUAAUAAUAAUAAUAAUAAUAAUAAUAAUAAUAAUAAUAAUAAAUCAAAGUAUAUGUUUUGUAGUUUGUUAUAUGUACAAAUCAGUUCAAUUAUUUAGCAUGGUUCGAUUAAAUAUAAUUAUUAUAAAAUAAUAUAAUUAAUAAAAUUGCCUUUCUGUAUCGCAGUAUGGCCCAGCAGACAGUAGCCUGCAAUUAAAAAAAAAAAAAAAAUGUAACGGACAAUUUAGCACAACCUCUACAUAGGAAGGAUAUUUUUAGCAUUAAAUAAUAAUAAUAAUAAUAAUAAUAAUAAUAAUAAUAAUAAUAAUAGUAAUAAUAAUAAUAAUAAUAAUGGAUGUGAGGACGGGAAGCGACUUGAUUCAACUGGAGGGCGUGUCAUUAAUCUCUAUAGUUUGCUUUGCGCACUCCAGUUGAAAGUCCCCAGGGUUUCAUUUAAUUCCCUUGGCUCUAAUGUCCUUCCCCGGCAGCUGAGCGAGUUGGGGGAGGUUGGGGGGUGCUAUAUUUAAUCUCUCGGAGUGAGAUGGAGCCUCCGCUGCACCACAUCAGCCGGUUAAAUAGCAUAAUUAUGUUUUACUUUGCUGAUCCCUCAAAGUGUUGAACCAUUCGAUGCAAUGCCCUGUGUGUGCAUAACCCCUUCUAAACAUUUAAAAAGCAGCAGUUUAUAUUCUCGAAGACAGAUGGUUACAUUUUACUCCCGGAUGAUUCUAAUAAAUAUUAAUUAAGCUGAAUUGUUAAUUUUUUUUGAAAAUGUCCUCUCUUCUAAUGUUGAUAUGCAAGGCUUAAAUAUUGAAUUAUAAAUAAUAAUUUACGAUCUCAUUUUACGCAUGAUGCAAAUCAAUGGGAUAAUUCAUCUAGUAUAUGGGGGAUUGUGUAAAAGCUGACAAAGACACAAUAGGGUGAUUUGAAAGGUUUGAACACACUGAAGAUGUCUAAUGUAGGCUACUCUGUAAAAGUCAUGUGAACUUAAACUAAAAUUAGCUUUGAGAGGUGGCUAUAUUGCAAAAAUCUAUAUUUAACUUUCAGAAAUUUCCAAAGGUCAACACGAGUCUUAGCUAAAUCAGUGGUUGUCUUUUAAUUUGCUGUGUUAAGGGUAUUAUAUUAUUAUAACGAAAGACACAUUGGAUAUUGUUAUUCGCUGUAUUGUCAUUAAUAGUUUUAGUCUGAAAUCUAUAUAUUAAAAUCGAGCAUACCCUAUUUGGAAACACAGGCUUGAAUAAUCUUAAACGUGGCACAAUGUAUUUAUUAAUCCUGAAAGCUUUCAGAUUCGGGUCGGCCGGUCCGUGUUUUCUUGAGAAUGAAUAACCGCACGAACCCCGCAAUGAGCCCACACGACUUUGUUCAACUUUUUCCCCCCACGUCUCCCUCUCUCCCGCUCUCUUUCACUUGAAUGAGUCUCAGUUUCAUUGUUCGGAAGAGUUCCACAGUCACUUUGUGCAUGUCAAGUGAAAGCAAGACAGUUCCCACGUGUGCAAAAAAUAGAAAGACUGAGACGAUUCUAAAGGAUGGGCUAAAUAAAUUAAGUAUAUUGUAAAGUGUAAAAUUCCUGUUCUGCGAAAAAAACUUCUUGGCAGCUCUACAAUAAUUAAGAGGAAAAGAGUAGCAUUCAAAAGAGCCAUGUAUCCAGAAAGGACUUCAUCCACGAUUUUCCUUCAUUUUAGGCAUUUAAAUUAUCUUAGUUUUCUCAUUCUUUGGUUAUAGCCAACAUCUGGAUUAAUUUCAAGAUCGGUUCUGAGCAAUGAGCUAUAUCGAAUAAGGGUGGGGGAAAUAACGAAAUUACAAAAGCGUUUACUGCAAUAAUUCCCAAGCUGCUCAAAAUACAUUGGAAAGGCAAGUGUCGACAGGCCCUUACUUCCAACUAUUUACUUUAAUUAGAAAGGUGACAUUUAGCUUAUUCACGCAGCAGCAUUUUACAAAUCGUGCACUCAUAAUUAUUACACAAAAUCCCAUAAUUUUUUUUACAGGCUACAUUUCUAAAUAUACGAAUUUUUAAUAAAUUUGUUGGGGAAAACGCAGAACUGAUGCUCUAAAAUUCAGUGUAUAGUAAAUAUCCUUUAUGGGUAUAUUUCCUAAAUGUGUUUGCAUAUAUCAUUCAGCAAUAGCAUUUUCACGGUCUACAACCUCACAAAACCAAGCACCAAAUUAUCAUUUUUAUGAACAAUAUUCGGUUGCAUCCCUGCUUAAUAUUAAAUAGGAUACAUAUGAGUUUAAAACCGAAAACUUGAUCUUAAAUUACACCUGCCACGUCAUCGAGCAGUAAGCGACUGCGCCUCUCCAGAAAAAAACAAAACAAAACAAAACAAAAAAAAACAGGUAAAGUCUAUGGCGUGAUCAGAACCUGUUGAUAAAAUUAAGCGCUAAACAACCGUUAAAAUAUACCGGACCAAGUUUUCCAAAUGACAACAACUAACAACUAUAGGCUACUACUCCCUCCACACUAACAUGACUCAAGCUGAUCAAAUUCAGCUCGAAUGGGUAAAAAAACACCGAUUUAUUUGACCUGGACGUCUGUGCUAAAGAGCAGAGCAAGUCUGGCAAAAUUCAGAACAGUUUUUCCCUUCUCUGUCUCUCCUUGAAGUGAACAAUAUGUUGGUUGAUUAGGGCUAGUUAGUCUAGAAAAGUAGAGAGACGAGCUUGAAGGGACCUUGUUUGUAAAAAGUGUGAUUUAAAAAAAAAAAAGAGAAAUAAUCGCAAAAACUGUUUGUCAAGGAAUCGUUCUUGUCAAACCAACAUCCUCAGACUUUAUAAAGAAACUAAACUGACCUCUUCAACAGGCUAGUGCAUGCUGGGAAUACCUCUUCCCUUUUAUUUAAUCAUCCAAUCCCACUGAGGAACCUCUUAAUUAAUUAUGGGUGCUAAAAUGAACACCAGCUGUUUCUCUCUAGUCUCUCUUUACUCCAGCACGAAGAGUGUGACGCAGCCAUGAGGCGUAAUUUUCACAAAUUAGCCAAUUUUCUCUCCACCCAACCACCUCCCCAUAAGGAAAAAAAUCGAGCUGUUGUCAGGGUUGUUCUGACAUAUAUCAUUUCGCGCAGUAAACGAGUGGGGAAGUAGAAGUAAAGAGCAGGUUCUCGGCAAAGUCAUGGCCCAUUCGACACUUAUAAAUCGUUCGUGUUAAAGGCACAUUUCAGAUGGGCAGACGUAGGCUACAUUGUAAACUGAGCCAGAUGAAGUGACAAGCUGUGAUUUACUGCUAUUUACCCCCACCUUAGCCUAGACUUCACCCACUGUUUUCCUAUUGCCCGCACGCGGCUCUCUGGGGAGAGAUUACACGUGUCAUUUUCAGCUUUCUGGUGUUUUAAGUGAAACCUCCAACUUUAUUUAUUUAUUUAUUUAUAACUUAAACGAAGAAUAAUGACCCGGCCGCGUUUUCGAUAGAAUUUAUAGAAAUAACAAAUCAAUUGAUAAUUCAUAAGAGACAUUUAGACAUCAAGAGGCUUUAUUAGGUGUGAAAGUAAAACAUAUUUUUACCUGCGGUCUUUUAAAGCUAAAAUUUAAUUAUGAGCAGAAUUUUCAUUUGUGGAUUUAAUAAAAUAAAAUACAUUAACUUAACUCAUAGGACCUUACACACAUGCAGACACACAUUACAUUAUAUAUAGGCCUAUGUAUAUAUGUGUGUGUGUGUGUGUGUGUGUGUAUGUGUGUGGGCAUAUAUGUAUAAAGAUUUAGAUGUUAAAUAAUAUUAAACCACACAAUAUCAAAUUCAAGCCAACCCUAAACUGGUCUCUCAUUUCUAAUCUUGAGACUAGGUGUUACCUUUCCUUCCACCUGUCUAACGAAACUAUUAUAUUACCAAAUUAUAUUUACUUUUAAAUCUAAGAUCAGUAUCACAAAAACUAGAUCACAUUUAACGUAUAAUUUAAUGUGCAUUAUAACAACAACAUUCAGCAUUUGACAUAAAAAAACAACAACGACAACAAAACGGGCAUAAUUAUUCUGCAAUUGUUUAAUUAUGUUUUCUCUGUUAACUAUACCCUGUCACCACUAUUAAUGGUAAGCACAUGUAAUUUGAAAUAUCAGCUCAAUGGAAAGUCGAAGCAACACAAUGUUAUAAAUAUUUAGUUUUAAUGCAGAUAUAAACACUUUUUUUCACUCCAAGGAAAGAAAUCAGGGACCGUUUUCAACACAUUAGGCUCAAGUCCUAAGAGUCCCACAGCACCACUUUGCCUAGAUAAGCGGCUAGUAUUAUUACAUUCUUAAUGGUUCAGAUUAAGAUUGAUGAACUGUUUUCUUUUGGGCACUACACAGGGUCCACAAGAACGAGGGGAGAGGAGAGGGGGACGGAGGAAAGAGGGGAUGAAGGGAGGGCUGCAAGCUGCCUGUUUAUUUACAUUUGGCCUUUUUAAAUGAUCCCUUUCUUCUAGACAUCUGUUCCACAUUAUGACACUGAUAUUUAGCCUAAUGGCUGUUCUGAUGCGCUGCUCUGUGAGAUAGCAGGAAUAAGCGGCCAUUAUCUGCAGCCCACCUGGGAAACUACCCCAAGCCUGAUGAUGGAAGUAAUACAGGAGAAUGAGGGGCUUUUUAAUGGCAGUGCAAGAAGCUGACCAGGUCUUCUUUUUUUUCUUUUUCUUUUUUUACAGAGAAAUUUCCCGCUCUUGGGCUGAUGGAUGCAAAUGUAAGCUCUGUAAUUGGAUCAGUUCCCCAGAUACAGAUAAAUGGCUGCUGCUUUACUGGGGUUAUUUUGAGCUAUGUGAAGACAGCAGUGUGUCUCUAUGUGUGUGUGUGUGUGUGUGUGUGUGUGUGUGUGUUUAGGCAACAUUAAUGAGAAGGAGACACGCUUUACUCAGUCACAACACUGUGCGCCUGGACCUACUGUACACAUUAUACACUAAAUGAGGAGGAGGCAGCAUUGCCCUGUGACUGCUUUCUUUCAGCCACUUCACAGGGCACUGCUGAACUCCCACUCAUGCCAAUUAAGAGAAGGCACUUGCUGAUGAUGUACAACAAGCAAUUAACAAAUGUCAGGGCACCAAAAAAAACAUUAAAAUCCCUUUGGCAAGUCCAAAUAGAUAUUUAAAAUUUAAUUCACAGAGCAAAUCAUAAGAAGAAUAAUACAUUUCAUGAAAUGAAAACAGGGACAGUUCCCCCACAAAAUGUAAUUAUGUUGUAAUUUACUCACACUCAUUCAAAAUCUAUAUAGUUUUAUGUCUUCUGUUUGUAUAUCUUUUUUGGUCCAUAUUUGGUGGUGCCAAAACAACACUGGACCCCUUGACUUUAUUAGGAAGUACUAAAAAACAUGUAAAUGUAAUUGUAACGAUAUUCCCUUUGUAAUCAUCGGGAAGAAGGAGGCGGGAACCGGCGCACAAUCAAAAUGAAACUUUAAUUACAAAAAUAAACACAAAACAGCGCGUCAGCCCCUCAUGGCGACUGACGCGCACAAAUAAAAGCCAAACACAUAAAAUAAUGUCCCAGGCCUGGUCCUCUCUCGUCCUUCACGGUCGUCACUCCAGUUUUAUAUCCUUCCAUCUCCUACGUGGGACUCAAGACCGGCGGUGGGGCGCAGGUGUAGCUCAUCUCCAAUCACUACACCUGGCCUCACUCCUCGUUCCCACGCCUCUCGGCCCCGCCCCACUCGCCACAGUA